UCCGAACAAAAUGAUCUCUUUCCAUACAUAAACUCUGACUCUAUAGAGUGAGAUCCAAACCACCACCAAAUCUAACAGAAAUGGAGUCAUUCGACACAUUUAGCAACGACGGCCAACCCCAUUCAUCCUUGGACUUCCACGACAACGUCGACGACAACAUUAUUCCCUCUCAAUCCUACGACUCUGCAUUCACUCCCUCUCCUCCUGCUCCCGCUUCCUCCAACUACGUGUCACCCUUUGAUACCACAAAUGAGACUGAUCCUUUUGAGUCAGCUAACGGUAAACAUCCGUUUGAAUCCGCCAGUGUGAAUGAUCCGUUUGAGUCUGCUUAUGUGAAUGCGAAUGACGGUGUUGUUGGUGCUGUUGAUCAUCGUGAUCAUGAGAAUAUUUUCGUUUCUGACGAGCCCAUUUUGCCUCCGCCCGAGAUGAUGGCUGAGGAAGGCUUGGCUCUCCGCGAGUGGCGCCGUCAAAAUGCCAUCCAUCUUGAGGAAAAGGAGAAAAAAGAGAAAGAAAUGCGGAAUCAAAUCAUUGAAGAAGCUGAAGAAUACAAACGAGCUUUCUAUGAGAAAAGAAAGCGCAACAUGGAAACUAACAAGACUCAUAACAGAGAAAGAGAGAAGCUCUACUUGGCGAACCAAGAAAAGUUCCACAAAGAAGCUGACCAACAUUACUGGAAAGCAAUAGCGGAGCUCAUCCCUCAUGAGGUUCCUAAUAUUGAGAAGAAAAGAGGGAGUAAGGAUCCUGACAAGAAACCUUCGGUCGUAGUCGUUCAGGGUCCAAAGCCUGGGAAACCAACUGACCUUACUAGGAUGAGGCAAAUGUUUAUGAAGCUAAAACAUAAACCACCACCUCAUAUGAUGCCUCCCCCGCCCAAACCUGCCAAAGAUGGCAAGGAUGGAAAGGAUUCAAAGGAUGAAAAAGACGCAAAGGACGGCAAAGAUGGAAAGGAUUCAAAGGAUGGAAAAGUUGCUAAGGAUGAGAAGGAUGCUAAGAACGAGAAAAGUGGUACACCAACUGAUCAAGCUGGGAGUGCGCCUGCUUCAUUACCCACUAAAGAUGUAGCUGCUGCAGGGAACACACCCAUAUCACCUGCUAAAGAAGUUUCCCCUGACACACUUAAUUUGGGGACUCCUGCAUCAGUUGAGGGUGAAGAGGCUGCUAGACCUGAGCCAGUAAUCGCUCUGUGAUGAGGCAUCAUAUUUUAUAGUCACUAAUUUCUUUACCGUAUUUCUGAAUUCUCUACCAAACCAAUCUGUAUGAAAAAUAAAAGCAGGUUAGGCUAUGAUGAGCUUUCUUCCUAACUUGCUUAAAGAUGUUGUAGGCGAAAUU